UCCCACAAGGAACCCGAUCGAUAUCCACGUGAACGAACUUUCGUCACAGCACGUAGUCUAGAGUAUAGAAACGAGACGUUUCUUAACGGCGUCUGGCACCGGUUUAGUUCAUUCAAAUAUUUAAUAUUUUUAAAAAUUUAAAUUAUAAAUGUUUGCCAGUUCCCUAUUGCUACAAACUAAGCGCACAUUUGCUGUUUAUACGUAUUAUUAUUUACAGCAGCUUUGAAGUUUUACGAGUAAUUGUGAAGCAUUUGUACUUAGUGUGUAAUAUAAAUAUAGACUGCAAUGGCGCAACUUAAAGUAGCGAUUAUAGGUCAGAGUAAUUUUGCAGCUGAAGUUUAUAAACUUUUGAAGCAAAACGGACAUAAAAUUACUGGAGUAUUUACAAUACCAGAUAAAUCUAAUCGAGAAGAUCCUUUAGCUGCAACAGCAAAAAUUGAUAAUACUCCAGUUUUUAAAAUCAAAGCUUGGCGUAGUAAAGGUGUACCAUUACCUGAAAUAUUAGAUCUUUAUAAAAGUAUCGAUGUCGAUCUUAAUGUUUUACCUUUUUGUACGCAAUUCAUUCCUAUGGAAGUGAUUGAUCAUCCAAAACAUAAAAGUAUUUGUUAUCAUCCGUCAAUUCUUCCUCGUCAUCGUGGAGCCAGUGCUAUUAGUUGGACUUUGAUCGAAGGCGACAAGGAAGCUGGAUUUUCAAUAUUUUGGGCAGACGAUGGCUUGGACACAGGACCGAUUCUACUGCAAAAAUCUUGUCCCGUAGAUAAAAAUGAUACCUUGGAUAGUUUGUACAAUAACUUCUUAUAUCCAGAAGGUAUUAAAGCUAUGGGUGAAGCGGUAAAUCUUGUAGCGAGUGGAAAAGCACCAAAAAUACCACAGUCUUCAGAAGGCGCAACAUAUGAUCCUUUAUUGAACAAAGAAGAGCUACAGCGGAUUGAUUGGAAUAAAAAGACUGCAGAGCAAGUUCAUAAUUUUAUCCGUGCACUUGAUAGUACCCCCGGUGCUUGGACGCUACUGAAUGGUGAAAAAGUUCGUUUCUACGGAUCGAAAUUGUGGGAUGAAGGAAAACUUGAUGGAGAUGUUGUUGAUGUUGAUGGCAAGCCUGGAAUUGUUCAUGACAAUGGUUUACUAAUUGCUGCAGCAGAUGGGAAAUACGUUAACGUUGAAAAACUUAAGAUUGGAAACAAAACGAUUCUUGCGUCGAAGUAUGGCAAGGCCAGUGAAUCAGCUAGCAUCGAGUUUACAGAAGAGGAAAAAAUACAUGUUGAAUCUAUUCGAUUAAUUUGGAAAAGUAUUCUCAAUGUAGAAGUAGACAAUGAUACUGAUUUUUUCGCUUGUGGUGCUGGUAGUAUGGACGUAGUAAGACUAGUCGAAGAAGUCAAAGACCUUGUUGGCGUGGUGAUACAAAACACAGACGUGUUCAUGGCACCAGUUUUUAUUGAAUUCGCUGCAUCAGUUAUUACAGUAGGCAGAGGAGCCUCUGGAGCUGGCAAGGACGUUAAAUACGACGCUGUAGAAGUACGUGCAAAUAAUCUUGAUUUAAAAUUUCCACGUCAGCUUUUUAUCAACGGUCAAUUUGUUAAUGGUCACGGUAAACCGAUACCCAGCAUUGAUCCACAUGAUGAGCAUGUUAUAUGUCAAGUUGAGAGUGCAACUUCCGAGGAUGUUGAUCUCGCAGUUAAAGCUGCCAAGAAAGCAUUUGAAGAGGGAGAAUGGAGUAAAAUAAGUGCCCGUGAACGUGGUACUUUACUUUAUAAAUUAGCAGAUUUGAUGGAACAGCAUAAAGAAGAAUUGGCAACAAUUGAAAGCAUUGAUUCAGGUGCUGUUUAUACUCUUGCUUUGAAAACUCACGUAGGAAUGUCUAUUGAAACCUGGAGAUAUUUCGCUGGGUGGUGUGAUAAAAUUCAAGGAUCAACGAUUCCAAUAUCCCACGCUCGGCCAAAUCGUAACUUAACUUUCACUAAAAAAGAACCAAUUGGUGUAUGCGGUUUAGUAACACCGUGGAAUUAUCCAUUGAUGAUGCUCUCAUGGAAAAUGGCUGCCUGUUUAGCUGCAGGAAAUACCGUUGUAAUGAAACCAGCUCAAGCAUCACCACUGACUGCUCUUAAGUUUGCCGAGCUUUCAGUUAAAGCAGGAAUACCACCUGGUGUUAUUAAUGUUGUACCUGGUAAUGGUUCAGUUACAGGAAUGGCUAUUGUUAAGCAUCCAUUGAUUAGAAAACUUGGAUUUACUGGUUCAACGGAAAUCGGUCAGACAAUUAUGAAAACUUGUGCUGAAAGUAAUUUGAAAAAAGUAUCAUUGGAAUUAGGUGGAAAAAGUCCACUUGUUAUUUUUGAAGAUGCUGAUAUACAGCAUGCUGUCAGAGUUGGAAUGAGCAGUGUUUUUUUUAAUAAAGGAGAAAAUUGUAUUGCUGCAGGUCGGCUUUUCGUUGAAGAAAAAAUCCAUGAUGAAUUUUUGAGUCGAACUAUUGAAGAAGUUAAAAAAAUAGUUAUUGGAAAUCCGUUGGACAGAAAAACAUCUCAUGGACCACAAAAUCAUAAGAAUCAUUUGGAUAAAUUAAUUGAAUUUGUUGAGACAGGUGUAAAAGAAGGGGCGAAAUUGGCUUAUGGUGGAAAGCGAUUAGAUCGACCGGGAUGGUAUUUCGAACCGACUAUUUUUACUAAUGUUAGAGAUGACAUGCAUAUUGCUAAAGAAGAAUCAUUUGGUCCUAUUAUGGUAAUCUCGAAAUUUAAUUCCAAGGACAUGGAUAAAUUGAUAGCUCGUGCUAAUAAUACAGAAUUCGGGCUUGCUUCGGGUGUUCUCACUAAAGAUAUAACUCGAGCUUUACGUUUUGCUGAAAAAAUAGAUGCCGGUACGGUAUUUAUUAAUACCUAUAAUAAAACAGAUGUAGCUGCACCAUUUGGUGGAUUUAAACAAUCUGGAUUUGGCAAGGAUUUGGGCCAAGAAGCACUUAAUGAAUAUCUCAAAACGAAGACUGUUACUAUCGAAUAUUAAAAACUUAUA